AUGAUGAAAAAACCACUAAUCGGUGUUACUUUAGACCAUGAAACAACAGAGUGCUAUUCUAAGUUUCCUUGGUAUGCGCUUCGAACGCAUUAUAUGGAUAGCAUCCUUCAAAAAGGAGGGCUUCCUGUUGCAAUUCCCUAUGGAACAAACGGGUAUGCAGAGCUUUAUGCAGAAUCUCUGGAGGGCUUAAUCAUUACAGGAGGAGACUUUGGUAUUGACCCGAAGCUUUAUGGCGCGACAGAAAUCCACCCUCGCGUUUCAAUAAAGCCGGAGCGUACCGAAUUUGAAAUGGCCCUUUUUAGAGCUUUUUUUGAGAAGAAAAAGCCAAUUUUGGGGAUUUGCGGGGGAAUUCAAUUGAUUAAUGUGGCUUUUGGAGGAACUCUUUACCAACAUUUACCAGAUGAAUAUUCAUCAAAUAUAUUACAUGAGAAACCGAAUCCUCGAGAUGAACCAGGAUAUAAUAUUCGAAUUGAGGAGGGAACAAAGCUGCAUCAAAUUGUUCAAGUCAAUCAAGCACAGGUGAAUAGUUCCCAUCAUCAAUCGAUUAAAGAAAUAGGAGCAGAUUUGCGUGCAAAUUCUUUUGCUCCAGAUGGCCUUUUAGAAGGCCUUGAGCACAAAACACAUCCUUUUUGCUUAGGGGUGCAAUGGCAUCCAGAAAUGUUUGUGGAUCCUGUAGACCAUUCGAUUAUUCGAGCAUUUGUACAAGCGUGUUAA